AUGUAUUUCGGAUGUUUAGAUCCUGCAAGACCUUUAAUUUCUAAUUACGGUUCUCGUCUUUUCCGCCUUGGUAGAGAUGAUGCGUACGUUGUUCAAGUGAUUCACACUAAUGCUGGUUUUCUUGGAGAGAGUGGUUUGGUCGGACACGCCGACUUUUGUGUUAAUGGAGGGAGACUACAACCUGGUUGUAAAGGACAUUUCAUGCGUAUAGCUCGAUGUAGUCACUUCAUGAGCUCUUGCUAUUUCGCGGCUAGCGUUCGUCGGAGAUUACGAUUAGUGGGUGUACCUUGUGACGCUACGUGCCCUAAACAAGGGUCAUGGGGUAUCCGUAGUGACAGAAAAUCUGUGAGGCUGGGAGAUGAUAUUCCAGAUACAUCACGAGGGAUGUACUGCGUGCGUGUAGAUCAUCAGGAAAGCUGUCCAUUUGAU